GAGAAACAGCAAGUCAAACCGCCUCGCAGAUCCAUCAGGGAUAGGUCUCGAUAGCCACUCGAGAAGUUCCAAGUGCCGGCAAUCUUAAGGUGACUUGAUCUUCCGAGCUGAUUGUACUUGGGUGAUAAUUACACGCUGAGAGGAAAAAUCUGUGGCGGAGAAUCCCCAUCGAUUUGGGUUUCUUAUCUCCAGAGAGUGAGAACUAUCAAACGGUUAUAAAAACGAGUCUCAGCCAGAAUAUCUCCCAGUUCAAACUGCAGCACUGAGACAUCAACACGCUGAUAAGGCGAUUUCGAACGCGGAACUAAUCUGCUCACACAAUUAUUUCAGUGAAUUCUUAUUCGCAUUCCUUCCAAACGCAUCAAGGAGUUAUCAGAGAACUGGGAUCAUGCCUGAGAAACAAGUGGCACGUGUAAUUGGCAACCUGGAGGAUUUUGAGCAUAAUUUACCUGGAUAUCUGAAUUCUGCAUACCCAGUUGCCGUACUCCUGGAUUACGAUGGCACCCUGGCUCCAAUUGCGGCUAAUCCGGCGAAUACCAAAAUGCCUGUGGAACUGGAGGCCAUACUGCACAAGAUAGCUAAGCAUCCCAAAGUUUUUCUCGCAGUGAUCUCGGGUCGCGGGCUCAAAGAUGUGCAAAAACAAGUAAACAUCGAUGGCAUUACCUAUGCUGGAAAUCACGGACUGGAAAUCGAGUACCCCGAUGGCUCCAGACACGACUACGAGCUGCCCACAGAGAUCCAGAAGAACUACACAGACAUGGUUAGGGAGCUCAAGGAAAAGGUGGAGAGGAACGGAGCUUGGGUCGAGGAUAAGAAGGUAUCACUCACCUAUCACUACAGAGAUACGCCCGUAGCGCUGAAGGACCAGCAAAAGCAGCUGGCUCUGGAGAUCUGCAAGAAGUUUGGAUUCUGCGCGAAUCAGGCCCAUGAAGCCAUCGAAGCUAAGCCCCCAGUAAAUUGGAACAAGGGAGAGGCUGCCCUCUAUAUUCUUAAGCAGAAAUUCGGGGAAGAUUGGUCGCAGCAAGUCAGUGUGGUCUUCGCUGGCGAUGACACCACCGAUGAAGAUGCCAUGAGAGUGCUCAGGGGCUUGGGUCGCUCCUUUAGAAUUUCGGCAGAUGCCCAGAUCCAGACUUAUGCGGAUUUCCGAUUGCCCAACCAGGCUGUGAUGACCGAUCUUCUCAAAUGGAUAGCUAAUGUGUACGUUUCCUAGAUGUAAUCGAAUUUAGAAAAGCUGAAAAGUUUUAACUGUAAUUUGUUGAUUUUUUACAUUUAUUACAAUUUGAAAUUCUGUUUCUGCAUAAGCAAUACUGGAAUUGGAUAUACCAUUCAUGUAUGUGAUUAGUUAGUGGAAUUAGAAUAAAAUACCUGUUUUUAAUCUACUCAUUAGUUGUCCCUGGAGUAAUGAAAAAGGGUAACAAGUGACAUAAUUAAUCAUGAGGCUUGAAAUUAAAAUUACAUACUCACCAACACCUGCAUUCAGCGGCAAAUAAAUAUUUGUUGUAUUCAAGA